AUGACGGUUUCGACUUCUACACAUGUUAAGAUUCUUAAAGUUUCUGACUUGAAUAAAUGUCCUUUGAAAGUAUCAUUGGCUAGAAUGGUUGAAAAAGCAUCUGAUGAAUUUGGAGAUGAUGAGAACGCUGUCAUCGAAGUUUUAGUAACAGAUUAUAUGCGUCGAGAUUAUAACUUUAUUAUUAAAGUAGUUUUUCCGCAUUUAAGUCCACAGUUUAAAAGUCUCAUAAGCAUUGUUCGUCCAGGAGAAUCAAUAGUUUUUGUUGUGGGCCAGAUGGAAUUUAUAGAACGCGAAUUGUACGUGUAUGCUCAUGAUAUUAAUUGCAUAGAUACUCGUUUUAUUAAGAAGAGAGAAAUCGAAAUCGAUAGUGAACAAUCGAUGAAAUCAACUCGAUCAAGACUAUUGACCAUUCAUAAAAGUAUAUCUAAGCGUGUAAAAGUCGAAGCGAAUGAAACUAAGAAAGACAUAAUAGCUGAAGAAGAUAUUGAUGCUUCAAAUGUUGAUGAUAAAGAAUUAAUCGAAGAUAUUGAUGAUUUGGUUGAGAUUUAUCAAGAUCAAGAUGAGGAAGAAACAAAUAAAUCUAAAAAGAAUCAAGGACGUGGUCGUAAAAAGGGUAAGGAACGGGCUAUUCAGAAGAUUACUCAUAAUACCAGACAGUCAACCAGAUCUAGUGUAGUUAUCGAUGAUAAUGAAGAAGAAUAUAUAUAG